GUGUUUUGUCAGCCACAAAGGUUUCCCUUCGGUCGCUGAGUAAUAUUUUUUAACAGAAACUCAUUGCAAACUAAAAAACAAAUGGAAAAGCGGGCCACUUCCACGAUGCAGGUGCUCUAUGCAGAGCUGGCCGCCGCAAAGGCGCGUAGUGCCCAGCUGGAGGAGGAGAAUAUUCUGCUGCGCCAUCGCCUCAACCGAGCCUCGGCCAGCCACAGCACCAAUGCCGCCAUCAAUGUGGAGGCCAAGAUUUUAGCCUUCCAGUUGGAGGAGGAACGUGAUCGCGUGGUGGAAACUCUGCAGCAGCACAAGAAGAAGUACAACAAGCUGCACGAUGCCUACCUGGAGAAGGUGAAGCGGUGUCGGGCUUUGGAGGAGAUGUUCAAGCGUCAGAAGACCUUGACGGGGUUGGUUAUGAAGUCGGCUCUGGAUCAGCGCAAUGCAGAGCAACGCUUAAUGUUAGAGAAGCGGCAGUCAGCCCAAAAUAAUAUCAGUGAACUGGAGGAUCUAAAGGUCAAGGUGGAGAAGUUGCAAAGAGCCCUGGAUGAGUCAUAUGAUAUUAUAGAUGAAAUGGAUUUUGAACUGGAGAGCGUGGAACUUUUGGAGAUGCAAAACCAAAGUCUGCGCGAUGAAUUGGCUGCCUUAAAGGUAAGUUCUGCGGAAGGAGCCACCAGCAUGGCAGCUUCAGCUCCCAAGGACGAUGACCCACCACCAAAGUACGAAGAAGACUAUCCCAAAGCUCGCUAUGCAAGACAAAUCUCCUCCAGCAGUGAGUCAGGACCCAAAGAUGACGAUGCCGAUGCAGAGACCAUGGAAAGAGCUGCCCUCACACACAGUCUCAUUCAAACGGUUGAGUCGGAGAGUAAUGCCCUGAGACGAGAGCUGCUUAGAUCCCGCUGCCAGCGAACUAUACGAGGCAAGUUGGAAAAGGAGAACGAGCCUGCUGAUUAGGAUAAACAAAAGGAGUCCCGAAACAACCCCCAUCACAUAGACAACCCAUAGAUGUACUUUUGGCUGAUGAAACCCAACGGCCGACUUACGCACAACAACCCACUACCAAAGUCCAACUCAAACACCCUGCUGUCUGUCUGGUCCAAGUCUUAGUCUACGACUUAGUCGCUUGGUCUGAACUAACCCAGUUUCGGAGCCAGCUACGCCUAACAAGUGCACAUACCAGAGAUUGCUUUUAAGGUUCGACAAACACGCUCGCCGGCUGCGUUAAAUCAAAACUUCUCAGAUAGAGUAACCUGAUUUCUCGGCGGUUGCAAAGGAAACUCGUCUGUUUAAUGGCUAACGAUUAAUUAAAAUAUUUGUUAAUGGCAUCGACCGGCUUGGUGGCAAAAGGAUCUGGCCUCUGAGCCGUGAAGGUUUUCCCCCCAAAUCCAAACUCAAUCCCAGCAUCUCCAUCUCACACUCCACAACUCUAUAUCGCAGCUCUUGCUAUCCAUUAAAACAUGACAAUUAUUUUUAUGACUUAAUGCACAGUCUGCUGAGGCCUUGUUGCCCAAUGUCUCUAAUGUUGCAAAUUAUUGACAAAGUAAAUUAAUCUGCACAUUUGUUGGCGGCCGGACCAGAGACCAACUAGCGCGACACCUCUAAGAUCACUAAGGCUCUCCCACUUGGUGGGGCAUAUUACUUAGCGAAUGUGUGCAGAGGGGGAAAUCGGAUCUUAGUUAUAAGUAUUUUUGUAUUAAUUUUGUACUCUUCAAAUAAUUGU